UGCAGAGCAACAUGAGGAAGAUCUCCGAGCAGGGAAGUGACCCGCAGGAAGACCGAAUUCAUGAUCUGGAGAGACAAGCAACACUUUAUAUAGAAUUUGCUAAGUUACUAAAACUGGCUGAAACCUGUCUGCUGAGCUAACACCGCCUGAAGACUGCCUCCAUUCAAAGCUGAAGGUUCUCCUUCCUCUGGUUCUCGUGGAUUUCUCCAGCUGAUUGGUUUCUAGGGGGGGAGGUGGGAUGGCCGUCAGUUCUCCAAAAGACAAGUAUUUUGCCGUGUGGAUUGUCUUCUUCAUGCUGGGCCUGGGAACGCUGCUGCCAUGGAACUUCUUCAUGACCGCCACCAAGUACUUUACGAGCCGUCUGAAGGACUCUGUGUCUACUGAGAUUUCAGCAAAUGAAACAAGGGAAGGAGAAGAGCACCGCAGUGUUCUGGAGGCCAAGUUCAACAAUGUGAUGACGCUUUGUGCCAUGUUGCCUCUGCUGGUCUGUACCUGCCUCAACUCCUUCCUGUACUCUCUUAUUUCUCAGAGACUGCGUGUCCUGGGGAGCCUGCUCAUCAUUAUGUUUGUCUUCGUGGUCACGGCCGUUCUCGUCAAAGUUCCUCUGGAGCCGCUUCCUUUCUUCUCUGCGACAAUGGUGAAGAUUGUCAUCAUCAACUCCUUCGGGGCGGUGCUGCAGGGCAGCCUGUUUGGGAUGGCGGGUUUCCUGCCUGCUUCAUAUACGACUCCCAUCAUGAGCGGUCAGGGACUCGCUGGAACGUUUGCUGCCUUUGCUAUGAUCUGCGCCAUCGCAAGUGGCUCGGACCUUCAGGACGCGGCGUUCGGUUACUUCAUCACAGCAUGUUUUGUUAUUUUUCUUUCCAUCCUCUCUUACCUCCUGCUGCCUAAACUGGAGUUCUUCCAGUUUUAUCAGCUAACAAAGAAAAAAGUGAAAUCUGAUGAUGAGCAGAAUACCUUCAGUCUGGUGAGCACAGAGGGGAAGGACGCAGCUGUUGAUCAGGAGGAGCGCAACAUCUCCGUGAUGACGAUAUUUAAGAAGGUCUGGGUCCUGGCUCUGUCAGUCAGCUUCAACUUCACCAUCACUAUCGGCACCUUUCCCGCCAUCACCGCCGAUACUCAGUCCACGCUCACCAAAGGGGGUUCCUGGGAGCUGUAUUUUAUCCCAGUCUGCUGCUUCCUGCUCUUUAACCUGUGUGAUUGGAGUGGGCGGAGCCUAACAGCAUUCUGCAUGUGGCCAGACAAAGACAGCCUCAUACUUCCGAUGUCCAUAGUGACCCGUGUCGUCUUCGUUCCUCUCUUCAUGUUGUGCAACGUCCAGCCACGUCUCCAGCUCCCUGUCUUUUUCCAUCAUGAUGCUUUCUUCAUCGUAUUCAUGAUCCUGUUUGCCUUCAGUAAUGGAUACCUGGCCAGUCUGUGCAUGUGCUAUGGACCAAAGAAAGUUCUUCCUCAUGAAGCAGAAACGGCUGGAGCCAUCAUGGCUUUCUUCCUCUCCCUGGGUUUGGCUUCAGGAGCGGCCGUGUCCUUCAUCUUCAGAGCACUGGUCUAACUCAGAAUUCCUCGUUUACCGCUGGUCUAACUGGUAAACACUCUGCUUGUGCUGGUCUACAGGAACGGAGCCACCUUGAUAAAUAUGUCCCAGCUGAAGACAAUUCUGAAACUGGAUUUUUGUCAGAUUUUCUUUUAUCAAGGACAUCUUAGUUUAAAAACAGGGAGCUGGACUUCUGGUUCUUGUGUCAAACCUGUUGAUGCUGGUCUGACUGGGAGAAAAUGACACAUUACAGCUCUGAUGCUUGGAUAAAAGCCAAUGACUGUCAGAGCUUCAGCUCCUGCCUCAAGUACAACUUUACUCUCCACCAGCUGAUGUUCACACGAACCCAGAUAACUGUUAUACUUUGUCUAGAUGUCGCCGUGUGUUGUGCGAUGGGAAGGCUGUUGUUGGUUUAGCGUCCAGGAAACAGCAAAGAACAUCGACUAGUAGAAGCUAACCAUUAGCAACUCCACAACAUGGCAGAGCUCCUCCAGGCUUGUGUUAUUUGUGGAGAUAAAACAUCAACUUUGCAGAGCAAACGCAGUCAGUGGUGGAGUCGCGUAGCUGUUGGGGGUAGAAGUUUGUUGGAGAAGUGGAAGUGAGGGGGGCGGUGUCGGUACAGGAUGUGCUCGGGUGCAAGAUCGGCUCAGGGUCCUUCGACUGCCGAUGACGUCAAAUUAGUUACUUGAAUCUUACGGAAAUUACGUCAUCACGUUACGUUGGUCCAGGCAAAUUUUUCUGUUGGAAAGAUGGACAACUUUUACGAAGAAAUCCAUCAUUACCUCUUUGAAAAUACACUUUUAGCACAGAGCUGCAUGUAUGUUAAGGCUGAACGAUUAACUGCAUGUGCAAUUAAAUUGCGAUGUGACAAAAGGAGAUUUUCCAAUCGCAAAGGCUGCAAUUUGGCAGCGAGUGGUUAGCGCAAUGCUAAUAUACAUGGAAAAACCCAUAGGAAUGCUAAUGCUAAUAUCACUGAUUACCAUUCUUACAAAUUAUGAAUUAGGAACGUGCCAAAUGAUUACAUUUGGAGUCUAAUAGAAAGUAAAACUACCAUCAAUCAAAUAAGUACAGACAGGUAUUUUAGUAAAGCCAGAAAACUUUUAACUCCAGAGUUUUGGCUAGCAGCUAUGAGCGUAACUGAACUACGCAUGGACAAGACGUCAAAAACUCUAAACACAAAAUACUUCAAUAAACGGGACACACUUCUUUCCUGCAAAUUCAAUCUCACAGGUGUUGCUAAUACCUAUGAUCCUUCAAGGGAUGUGCUCAAAGAGGAGUUCAACAUUAUGAAUACAAUAUAAUGUUUUAUUUCACAAAUACCAUUAUAAACACAAACUUACGUCUUAAGAAACAUUAUUUUAAUAACAAAGCUGUAUUUUGUCCGAGAGGGUUUGCCGUACUUUGACGUCAUUGGCAGUCGAAGGAUCCCGAGCCGAUCUUGCACCCGAGCAAAUCCUGUACCUUCACCGGCAGUCUUGCAAGUCUUAUAUUCGAGAUAAGCAAACAUCUCACCUCUGAUUGGCUAACAGCAACAUGAUGACUCAUCCACGGCCUUCAUUCUUUCUUGAGUAAAAAGGCAACGUUGACGUUUUAUCUCCAGUAAUAACACAAGCCUGAAUGUGUUCCACCAUGUUGUGGAGUUGCUAGUGCUAAUGGUUAGCUCCUGCUAGUUGAGACCAUAGAUAUGUAUAUAAACACGGGUUUAUGUACACAUCUAUGGUUGAGACAUGUUCUGCUCUCUUCUUCCUGUGGGCGGCCACAAGCCCGGGUGGGCGGGGCCAUGAAUACAAAUUUUCCCUGUGACGUAGGAGACCAUCUUUUUCUGAUGCACUUGUUUCUUUGUUUUAAGUAGCUGAUGCAGGAGAUGGAGGUUGAAGCAAACGUUAAUGUUCAGCAUCCAUAGGAAACUCAGUGGCCAAUUUUAUUUUAGAAAAAAACAAAGAUUAGCCAGUUUCUAUGAGAACAAGAUAAAGACCUUUUUCACACUUCCUGGGUUUUUAACCAGAAAUAUGUCAUAGGCAGGGAAAACAUUCGUUAUUGCAGCGAUACUGCGGCGUAUAAGGCUGAUUCUUGCCUUCUUUGCAAGAGAACGCAAAGAAGGCAACAUAAUGCCAUGUUAGCCUGUUAGCCUCGCAGGUAAAUUGUUGUGCUAAGCAAACUCUGUGUUCAUGACAAGUAACUGGUGCUGAACUCAUAGUUAGCUAAGAGCUCCCACCAUGCAAAAUAAAAUCAGAGACGCCACGUUCAUCAACAGAUAUUUAUCCCAUUUGUACAAUAUAAUUAUGUAUUUUAUUAGAUAUUCAUUAUUAUACGUGUGUAUGUUGUUAGAACACAUAUUUUCACAGUGAACUUUUUUAUUGUAAGAACAAAAAAAUUAUAUUGUCAGAAGUAGCUUAACAGGUCGAGCGGGUUGUCCAGUAAUCGGAAGGUUGCAGGUUCGAUCCCGGCUCCGGACAGAGAAUUCUGCUGUUGUGUCCUUGGGCAAGACACUUAACCCACCUUGCCUGCUGGUGGUGGUCGGAGGGACCGGUGGCGCCUGUGCUCGGCAGCCUCGCCUCCGUCACUGCGCCCCAGGGCAGCUGUGGCUACAUCACAGCUCAUCACCAUCAGUGUGUGUGAAUGGAUGAAUGAUGCACUGUAGUGUAAAGCGCUUUGGAGUCCUUCCUCUGAGAGGCGCUAUACAAGUGUGGGUCAUUUAUCAUCAUAUCAUGUAAUAUCAAUGUAAUUUAUUUAUUUCUCAUGGGUGGCAGCUCUGCAUCCCAGCCCCGCCUCCUUUUGCCGUGUCUUCUGUGGUUUUCAGUGUUUAUAUUGGGCAAAUGUAAAAGGCUUGUAGUGUAGAAACGAUCCAUGCCGACUGAAAUCUGAACUAGUUAGAAACGGAGAUCCCCCGUCGAUGACACACUUCCAGGUUUUGUGAAAAAGGUCUAUUUAAUUAAUUUCAGUUGAAGGUGUUGGUAGCCCCUCCCCCAGGCAGUCUGACCAAUCCGCAGACUGAAUUUCCUGUUUAAAUUGAUCAAAGUUAACUGACACGUAAUAAUAUAAAUGACUGGAUUUGUCCUAAAGAGACCUGCUGGAACACCAGACCUGGUUUUAUCUGGAACUGAGCAAAAUUACGGACCUGAUCAGAAGGUUUCCGGAGCUAGAAACAAGUCAAGACCUGGUCCAGAUCUACUCCAUAGACCUGGUCAGAACAUGUCUACAGGUAAUCAGUUGACCUGAUGGGAACUUGUGUAGAACUAAUCAUUAAGCCUGAUUCGACCUGGUCUAGAGCUCCUCAACAGAAAUGAUCCAAUGUGGUCUAGACUGUAGAGCACAUUGAUGAACCCGAUCAGAACUGGUAUGGUUACUCAUCAACUAACCCUAACCUAACACCUAUAAUCAGUGGGUUAUUAACAGACUUCUAAACAAUGUGAGGACUGGCUAAAGACCAAUUCAGUCAUUGAAUCAGGUGUUGAAGAGCUGAUGGAGAUAGAGGCCCUCCACAACCAGGAAUGGAUAACCCUGUUGCCCUACAUUCUUUCUUUAGUUACCCAGUUACCCUGGGAUCCCCUAAAGAGCCAACUGGUAACACUGAUAUUGUUCAGCUUUUAAUUGCAAACUUGUUUUAAUUCUUAAACAAUUUCAAGAACAUUUCAUGAUUUGAAGGUGAGCAGAGCUUCAGGGACAAAUGGGACGUCAAUCAAAGUUCCUGAGAUCCAGAAAAACCUGGAAGUAUUUGGAUUGAGUCGAAACCUGGAUCGACUUUAAGAAGGUGUGGCUGGGACUGGAUCAGUCUUUGGAUGCGGUCCAGGAUGAUCUGGUUUGAGCUGCAGCAGUCCUCGGGUCUGUACGGAGCCAAAAUGGUUAGAGCCCCUGCCACCCUAAGACUGUCACCAUCCUCUUCUACAGGGACCCGGUUCUUUUCUAGCCACCUGUAGACCCCCAUCCUCCUCCUGCUAAGCUCCUCCGGGUCCAGACUGGAGGUUGUAGGAGGAAGGAGGAAGAGGCGGAGGCGCUCUGCUGUCUCUGGAUCCGACUCCUGCAGAACUUCCACAUCUUCCACUGCAUGGCCCAUCACCACACGAACGGAUGCUCCAUCCUCCCUGAAGUUCACCAAGACCACGCUGUGAAGACAAAUAAGAUCCACAUCAGAUCUAGACCAAGUAGACAGCCUUAAGAAGCAGAACCACCAAUGACCUCUCUGCAUUUGGGGCGAGUGGGGCUGGGCCCCACCAGAUGGUGCCUAAAGCAAUCGGUGCAACAAAACGGUUCUUUGUAUUUUUCUUAAUGAAUUUAAAUUCAGUCACCAAGAAGAUUAUGUUUUAAACCUUUGUUUGUCUAGAACUACAUUAACGCCAGGGCACUGACAAGCUUUUUCAAUAUGCUUUUUAUUUGGAAAUGCCAGUAAAAAUGGAGAUAAAAUAUUAGUUGAUUA